AUGUUGAAUGGGCGGAAUAGGUUACAGAAAGGUUACAAAGCACCUCUCUUCAAAAGUACUCGUCCUACCUGGGAAGCCUACUUCAAUAAGACAAAGAAGAUGCUACUGUCACUGAAGUUAAGUGACGGUACUCCCGUUGCCUCAAGCAAUAGAGGAACACCAGUCAUAGGUUUCUGUUUAGCGAUGGAUGGAUUCAUCUCUCUGGCAGACCGGUUCUUCAAUGAUCCUCAAUCUGGAAUAAAGUACUUCCUUCCCUAUCGUCUAAGCCAAGAUCAACUUGAACUUCACUUUGCUAAGAUUCGAGGAAGGGGCGGUUGGAACAACAAUCCAACAUCAACGCAAUUUCAGGCUGCCUACAGAGCACUAUUAAUCAACUCCAACAUACCUGUGAGUACAUCAGGAAAUGCUACAUGGUUUCUAGAAGCAAUGGGAACCAACAUCCAUGAAGAUCGGAAAUUGCCCUCUGAUGGGGUCAUCUCGGUUGAAAUAUCGACCAUUGAGGCACAGACAUCUCCAUCCACUUCUCCCCCUGCAGAACUCAGCAUGUUUCAACAGAAUGUCACAGCUUACAUUGCAGGAUACACUAUUAGGAGUAUACAAGGAAAAUGCCAUUCCUGUGAUAAAUGCAAGGAGGCACUAGUAGACAGGACAGAUGAGGUUCCAGAAGUCUACUUGCAACUAAUCAGGUUGAAAGACAAUGGCGGUCUAAUCAUCCCUUCCAAAUCUGUACUGAACAUUGCAAUGGCUUCCGAAAGAAUCUUGAGAGAACAGGGUACCAAGCCCACGAUUGGACAGCAUAUAAGAGACCAACUGUGUGUUAAAAUCAUACACAGUCUCAAUCAUGGGAGUCUUUUUCCCAACUUGCAUGAGCAGUAUGACUGUGAUUUUAGGAGAAAUCAUGUACUACAGCUCAUCAAGGACUUUGUAAAUCAUUACCUGGUUACAAGGUUGCACUUUGUCGCAUUUACAUAUAACAGGGACAUCCGUGGGCAAAGUAUUCGUAAUCAUAUGUCACGGAUGGUGAUUUUUCAAAAUCAGUAGCUUAAAGGCCAAGUCCAC